AUGCACCCAGACCCGGCCCCAACCCCGACCACGUCUGCACCCGCCUCAACCGAGAGAGUCGCCAGUCCAGCAUUGCUAAACCUCGAACGUGUCUAUGAACAGAACCGCCAACGAACCCAGAAGAGAGAUGGCGCACCAGGCGCGCCGGGUGCGCCUGUCGCCGCCGCCAAACCGUCAGAGCCCGCGGCGCCCGCGCCACCAAAGGGCAAACCGAGGCUGUUGCUAAUGGGGCAAAGAGCGAGCGGCAAGUCGUCCAUAUCGAGUGUCGUGUUCCACAAAUUACCACCAAACGAGACGCUCUUUUUAGAAUCGACCUCGAGGCUGCAGAAGGAUGCCAUGGCUUCGUUUAUGGACUUUCAAGUAUGGGACUUCCCCGGCCAGAUCGACUAUUUUGAGGGCAGCAGCUUCGACAUGGACGCCAUCUUUGGCGAGGUCGGCGCGCUCAUCUGGGUCAUCGACUCCCAGGACGACUACCUUGAGGCCGUCGCCCGCCUCAACAACACCAUCCUCAACGUCCAGCGCAACUACCCCAACAUCAACAUCGAAGUCUUUGUCCACAAGGUCGACGGCCUGUCCGACGACUUCAAGAUGGAAAUCCACCGCGACAUCAUGAUCCGCGUCCAGGACGAGCUGUCCGACCAGGGCUUUGAGAAUGCCCCCGUCAACUUCCACCUCACCAGCAUUUACGACCACAGCAUCUUUGAGGCCUUUAGCAAGGUCAUCCAGAAACUCAUUCCGCGCCUGGGCCAGCUCGAGGCCAUGCUGACGUCCCUAUGCCGCACCUGCCGCUUCGAAAAAGUCUAUCUGUUCGACGUCCUCUCCAAAAUCUACAUUGCCACCGACAGCACGCCCGCCGAGAUGGCCUCGUACGAGGUCUGCUCGGACUUCAUCGACGGCAUCAUUGAUAUCACCGAGGUCUACGGCAGCUGGGCCCGUCCCGACGCCUACCACCAGCGCCUCGAGGCCGAGCAGCACCAGCCGCUCGCCGACCAGAUCGCCUGCCCCUGGGCCGAGAGCUGCAUUGUCCUGGCCGACGGCAGCAAGCCCAUUCUGCUGCGCGAGGUUGACAAGUACCUGGCGCUGGUGGCCGUCAUGAAGGAAGGCUCCUACGACAAGAUCCCGCUCAUCAAUAUCAACGUGGACGUGGUCGUCAAGGGCCUGACGGAGUUUUUCAAAAUCACCAAGCAGAAGAAGUAG